AUGGUGUCGUACCACCGGGCCAUCUUCAUGGCCAUCGCCGUGGUGUUCCAUAUCGUCUACUUCUUCUCCAUCUUCGACAUCUACUUUGUCAGCCCCAUAGUCUCAGGCAUGCGCUUAUUUGAGGUGGAGAGGCAAGCUUCAGCAAAGGCGCCCGCCGAUCGGCUUGUUCUCUUCGUCGGUGAUGGCUUGCGCGCCGACAAGGCAUUCCAGUUCCACCCAGAACCGCACCCGAAGACGGACGCAGACCUUACGCCUCGACCGCUGGCUCCUUUCAUACGAUCCCGGGUACUCGAGCAUGGUACCUUUGGAGUUUCGCAUACUCGUGUACCAACCGAAUCAAGACCCGGCCAUGUUGCGCUCAUUGCCGGACUCUACGAGGAUGUCUCUGCCGUGGCUACGGGAUGGAAGCUCAACCCCGUCAACUUCGACAGCGUGUUCAACCGCAGCCGGCAUACAUGGAGUUGGGGUAGCCCGGAUAUCUUGCCAAUGUUCCAGCAGGGAGCCGUCCCAGGUCGCGUUGACGCGCUGACCUACACCGCUGAAGAUGAGGACUUUACAUCCGACUCCACGAUCCUUGACUAUUGGGUGUUUGACCAUGUCAAGGAAAUGUUCGCCGAGGCCCAGAAGAACCAGACACUUGCCAACGCGCUGAAGCAGGACAAGACCGUCUUCUUCCUUCACUUGCUCGGAUUAGACACCGCUGGCCAUGGGUUCAGGCCCUACUCCAAGGAGUACCUGAACAACCUCAAAGUGGUGGACCAGGGUGUGAAGGAGGUUACCGAGCUAAUCGAGAAAUUCUACGGCGAUGACAGGACAGCCUUUGUGUUCACAGCGGACCAUGGAAUGACCGACAUGGGAAGCCAUGGAGACGGGCACCCUGACAACACAAGAACCCCCUUGGUAGCGUGGGGUUCUGGUAUCGCCAAGCCUAGGGUUUUCCCAGGCUCGGUUGCGCCAGGGCACGACGAGUUUUCGUCAGACUGGCAUUUUGAUCAUGUCCAGCGGCACGAUGUAGAGCAAGCAGGCAUCGCUGCGCUGAUGGCAUAUCUGGUUGGUCUUGAGUUCCCUGCGAACUCGGUGGGAGAACUACCCCUGCCCUAUCUCGCAGCAGGGAUCGGCGAGAAAGCAGAGGCAUCCUUGGUCAAUGCGCAGGGUAUCCUCGAGAUGUACAGGGUCAAGGAACAGCUGAAAGCUACCGCUCAGUUGAGAUUCCGUCCAUUUAAGCCCCUGAGCGGGAGUGGUACAACUGCCGAUCAACGCGUCGCAGCAAUCAAGGCGCUUAUCCGGGCCGGCAACUUUGAGGAGGCGAUCGAAGAGUCGGAUGCCCUCAUUAAAGUUGCGCUCGAGGGGAUGAGAUAUCUACAGACCUAUGACUGGCUCUUCUUGCGCGUUCUCAUCACUGUCGGCUACCUCGGCUGGAUGGCGUACGCCCUGACAACUGUCAUUGAUCUUCACGUACUGCACGGAAGGAUGCAGCCUAAGAGGACGCCAGCCGGGAUCGUCGCAUUUUCAUCCGUCCUUGUCAUUCUCUAUGCAUCAUUCGUUGUGUCCCGCUCACCAUCGUCAUAUUAUGCCUACGCGUUCUUCCCCGUCUUCUUCUGGGAGGAGGUCUACGCCAGACGUCCGAGUUUGUUGCAGGGCCAGAAGGAGCUUCUCGGUCAAAUCAAGUCUGCUCCGGAGGUCCUCUCCUUUCUGUUUAAUGCUGCUAUCUACAUUGCCGUCAUCGAAUCCUUGGCAUUAGGAUAUAUCCAUCGAGAGAUUUUCACGGCCAUAUUCAUCAUCAGUGCCUUUUGGCCGACUGCUUAUGGCUUGUCAUUUGUCCGAGAGCAUCUCGCACUCGUUGGUCUUUGGUUCAUCUCCUGUCUAUCGAUGAGCACUUUCACUCUUCUCGCUGCCGUCAAGGUCGAGGACAUCAAUCUAACUGUAUUUGGAGGUGCCCUCAUGACCCUCGUUGGCAUUUUGUAUCUCGUGUUCGAAGACACCUUGCUGGCUGGCACCUCGUCGGCGAGGAAAGGUGUCCAACAAAAGAACCAUAUCACCAGGACAAUUGUAGGAGUUCAGAUCGGGCUGAUAGUUCUUGCUACCAUCGUAACUCGCUCCAGCGCACUGUCAUUGCAGGCCAGACUGGGGUUGCCUCGUGGUAACCAGAUUGUUGGGUGGCUUGUCCUAGCCAUUUCACUCGCGAUGCCCCUGGCGUACCGGGCCCAGCAAAACAACCAUUACCUGCACAGGCUGAUGGUCAUCUUCCUUACCUUCGCCCCGACGUUUGUCAUUUUGACCAUUUCCUUUGAAGGCUUGUUCUACUUGGCUUUCUCUGCGACGCUAGUGGCCUGGGUUCAUCUCGAGCAUGCCGUCUCAGAACUGUCGACUCGCAAGUCUGCAUCGGGUGUCAAGGCGAUGGCAAAGACCGAAAAGGUCUCGAGUCCCUUCCGUGCAUUGGGCUUGCAGGAUGCAAGAGUAGCCCUCUUCUUCUUCAUCUUGCUUCAGGCAGCCUUUUUUAGCACGGGCAAUGUGGCAUCCGUAUCGGCCUUCAGCUUGGAGAGUGUCAACAGGCUUUUCCCAGUCUUCGACCCCGUCUCCCAGGGCGCCCUCCUCAUGCUGAAGCUCAUGAUUCCGUUCGCUCUCAUCUCGGCCAACCUGGGGAUCUUGAACAUCCGUCUCGGGGUCGCGCCAUCCGCGUUGUUUAUGUUGGUGAUGGCUAUCAGCGAUAUCCUGACGCUGUACUUCUUCUGGGUCGUGAGGGACGAGGGCUCUUGGCUCGAGAUUGGGUCAACGAUUAGCCACUUUGCCAUUGCCAGCGGAAUGUGCGUCUUCUUGGCGAUGCUCGAGGGCGUCAGCGCCAUGUUCAUCUCUGGGGUAGAGAUCGAGCAGCAGCAUGGAUUAGUCGUGGAAGCCGACACGACAGUGGGCAAGGUGUCGGUGGAGAAGUCUAACGGGAACAGUGCGACGCCCAAGUCAAAGUCGAAGUCGAAGUCGAAGAAGACGUGA